AUGCCUUCCUGGAAGAUAGCAGGGCGCCCACUUUCACUCUGCACCAGAACAUUUGCCACAUACUCCGGACUUUCCUCAACUGGCCAAACCUACAUUGAAAAGAUCGUGCAAAAGUAUGCUGUCGAUUUGGCCCCAGGAAAGCUGGUCAAGGCAGGAGAUUAUGUUAUGAUCAAACCGCAAAAUGUGAUGACUCACGACAACACUGGGCCUGUUAUAUCCAAAUUCAAAUCCAUAGGCGCUAGCCGUGUUCACGAUCCUCAUCAACUUGUCUUCACACUCGAUCAUGAUGUGCAGAACAAGUCACCAAAGAACUUGGCCAAAUAUUCUUCCAUAGAGGCAUUUGCUAGAAAGCACAAUAUAGACUUUUAUCCUGCUGGACGGGGAAUCGGACACCAAAUACUCGUUGAAGAAGGAUAUGCAUUUCCUCAUUGCCUUACUGUCGCCAGUGACAGCCAUAGCAACAUGUAUGGAGCCGUUGGCUGCGUGGGCACUCCCAUCGUAAGGACAGAUGCGGCAGCUUUGUGGGCGACUGGAAAGACAUGGUGGCAGAUUCCUCGGAUGGUCAAGGUCGAACUCAGGGGCCGUUUGCAUCCUGGGGUAUCCGGGAAAGAUGUUAUAGUCGCCCUUUGCGGUUCCUUCAACAAGGACGAGGCCCUGAAUGCUGCUAUCGAGUUCGUGGGUGAAGGAGUGGCUGCUCUCAGCGUGGACGAGCGGCUGACAAUAGCGAAUAUGACGACUGAAUGGGGUGCCUUAGCCGGAGUCUUUCCUGUAGAUGGUACCCUGAUUGCUUGGUAUGAGAACCUUAUCUCUAAAGUCGAAAACAGCACCUUCCCUUCCUCGACACCGUGGGCCAUUCCUGCUCCCCCCGAACACCCACGCCUUAACCGGAGACGACUGGAAGCUAUAAAAGCAAACAAAAUUGUGUCUGACUCCGAUGCUGGGUACUCUGCGCAUCUGACAUUUGACCUGAGCACCCUGAUCCCGCACGUGUCUGGCCCGAACAGUGUCAAAAUAUCAACCCCACUUCCUGUCCUGGAAGCGAAGAAGAUCGAAAUCCAGAAGGCAUACAUCGUUAGCUGCACCAACGCACGAGCUUCUGAUCUUGCAGCAGCUGCUGCAGUCGUUCGAGGCAAGCGCGUAGCAUCUGGUGUCGAGUUCUACGUUGCCGCCGCAAGCUCCGUUGUUCAGCAGGAAUCAGAGAACUCCGGAGACUGGCAAGCUCUGGUAGCAGCUGGUGCGAAGGUCUUACCAGCAGGAUGUGGGCCUUGCAUUGGAUUAGGCACCGGCCUCUUGGAAGAGGGGGAAACUGGGAUCAGUGCAACGAAUCGCAAUUACAAGGGUCGCAUGGGGAGUCCCAAGGCGCAAGCCUACCUUGCCAGCCCCGCCGUUGUGGCAGCUAGCGCCAUCAACGGCUACAUCUCUGGACCAGCCGAAUCACAGUCGUCCGCAGCUAAUCCUCCUUCGUAUUCUCACUCUUCCGUUUCCUCUCCCGCUCCCGAUGAUACCUCCGUGGAGCCCUUAGUCGACUCUUUCCCCCGGGUUUUUGAGGGUCCUCUCUUAUUCGCCCCCCAGGACAAUCUCAACACUGACGCUAUAUAUCCAGGCAAGUAUACAUACCAAGAUGACAUCACCCUCGAGCGUCAAGCAGAGGUUGUCAUGGAAAAUUACGAUACCACAUUUGCCGGAACCGUCGCUUCCAUUGUGCCUUCGCUCAACCCUACCUCUCCAGACGGCAAACCAGGUGUUGUCCUUGUAUCUGGAUAUAAUUUCGGUACAGGGUCGUCGCGCGAGCAGGCGGCGACAGCCCUAAAAUCAGCCGGUGUCAAUCUCGUCAUUGCAGGAUCUUUCGGUGACAUUUUCAAACGAAACGCUAUCAAUAACGGGCUGAUAUGCCUAGAGUGCCCCGAGCUUGUCGUAGACCUUACGAAACAAUUCGCCCAAGGAGGCACGCGAGGUGCAGGUGGUAUCAACGGUGAGCUUACUGUCCAACCAGGCUGGUAUGUCAAAGUAGGGAUGGACAAUGGAAGCGUGCAAGUUAGCAUACCCAAGGACGGAACGGAACGGAAGUACAGAGUGAAAGCCAUAGGAAGCAGUGUUCAAGAAUUGUGGUUAUGUGGCGGAUUAGAGGGCUUUGUUCUCAAGUCGAUCCAGCGACAGUAUUUGGUGUAG